CCUGGCUCCAGUGUCCCCAUCUCAUCCCCAAGCUCCAUCCGCGCAUUCUAUUGCCCUCCUUUCUAUUUUCCUAUUGAAUUGAAAGGGCUCUCAUAUUCCUCUACACUCCCCUUGAGUUUCAUCCCCUCCAGCCGCCAUGUUCAGAAACAACUACGACAACGAUGCUGUCACCUUCUCUCCACAGGGUCGGAUAUUCCAGGUCGAGUACGCACAGGAGGCCGUGAAGCAAGGAUCCGUUGUUGUCGGAUUGGUGAACAAGACACAUGCCGUCCUGGUCGGACUCAAGCGUAAUGCCGAAGAACUCUCCUCCUAUCAGAAGAAGAUCAUCGAGAUCGACUCGCACAUGGCCAUUGCCAUCGCUGGCCUGGCCUCCGACGCCCGCGUCCUUUCCAACUUCAUGAAGCAGCAAUCGCUCGGUUCCAAGAUGACCUACGGCCGACCAAUCCCGGUGGAACGCAUUGUCACGCAGAUUGGUGAUCGCGCGCAAACCAACACCCAGCACUACGGCAAGCGGCCCUACGGCGUGGGCCUGCUUGUGGCCGGUGUCGACGACUCCGGCCCGCACUUGUUCGAAUUCCAGCCCUCGGGUCUGAUUCACGAGAUGGUGGCUUGCGCUAUUGGUGCUCGCUCUCAGAUGGCGCGCACAUACCUUGAGCGUAACCUCGAUAAGUUUGCGGAUUGCAGCCGUGACCAGCUGAUCAACCAUGGCCUGCGGGCGCUUAAGGAGACGCUUUCGCAGGAUAAGGAGCUUACGGUGGAUAAUACUUCUGUUGGUGUGGUUGGGUUGGCCCCCGAAGGCUCCAAGGGUCGCAUCGAGAGCUUCAAGCUGUACGAAGGCCAGGAGACCGUGCCGCUUUUGGAGGCUCUCGAGCGGUCCGAAGCAUCUGGUACUGCGGAGGACGAGUCGAUGGAGGUGGAUUCAUAAUUUCUCUGAUUCUUAAUGAUUCCGCAUAGACAUGAAAUGCUUUAUGCCGUGAUUUUCCUUCUCUAUCCUCUUCUCUACUUUCUGCUUUCUAUGUCAUGCCUGACGGGCAUUGACUAUGCUUUGUUGAUUCAAGAACAUCACCAAACAGAAAUUUCAAAGAAAGCCCCGUACUCCAUCCGCGAUGAUUCAAUAUCAAUUGCAAGCCGAUUAUUCCUCGCCCCAGUUCAACUGCAUCCGAUCACAACUGCACUGGUACUCCAACAACUUAGGCACAACCUCCUCGACGGUUUGCGCCUCGGCCAGGAUCGACCCAUUCUCUCCAGUGAUGAAUCCUUGCUGAACGGCAUUACGCACCCAAGCAAGCAAACCAUCCCAGUACCCAUUAAUAUUCAACAAUACCACGCCAACGCGGUGAAUCCCCAACUGGUUCCAGGUGGUCAUCUCCAUAACCUCCUCAAUCGUACCAAAGCCACCGGCCAAAGAAACAAAGCCGGACCCGGGUCCACCCUCCAACACCAUUGUAGCCAUCAACCGCUUGCGCGUGUGCAUAUCAUGUACGAUCGUAGUAACUCCGUAUUCCGACUCGGGGAUAUCUUCACCCUCUUCCGCCUGCGCGAGUACUCGCUCCGCAGCCUUGCCACCGGUCUCGUCGGGAGUGGCGCUGCCAUUCUCAGAGCUCUUGCCCGCUACUUUUACCAGGGCUCUGGGGAUAACGCCGUGAACGGCCUUGGGGCCGGAGAGGGAGACGAGAGUCUUGGCAAUCUCGCCCAUUAGUCCUGUAGUGCCACCGCCGUAGACCAGUUGGACAUUGUGUUUGUGGAACUCGUAGGCCAGCGCUCGGGCUGCUUCAAGGUGGACUGGGUCUUUACCUGCCGAUGAGCCGCAGCUGUAUUCCCCCCCGUAGGGAGAGAUCAGUUAGCUUGGGU